CCUCCUCCCACCACCAACCACCACCACCACCACCAUGCCUCCGCCGCCUCACCAUUUCCUCUUCUCCCUCCUCCUCAUCUCCGCCGCCGCCUCCUCCUCCGCCGCCGUCGCCGGCCUCCCGGAGUUCCGAGAAGCCCCCGCGUUCCGGAACGGCAGGGAAUGCCCCCAGGCGACGUCGGGGCCGACGCGCCGGCCUGGGAGCGGCGGCGCCGGCGACGACGGCACCACCAUCCACAUCGCCAUGACCCUCGACACCACCUACCUCCGGGGCUCCGUCGCCGGCGUCUUCUCCGUCCUCCAGCACGCCUCCUGCCCCGAGAACAUCGUCUUCCACUUCGUCGCCGCCUCCCGCCGCCGCCCCGACCUCCGCCGCACCGUCGCCUCCACCUUCCCCUACCUCACCUUCCGCCUCUACCACUUCAACGCCGACCUCGUCCGCGGCAAGAUCACCUACUCCAUCCGCCGCGCCCUGGACCAGCCCCUCAACUACGCCCGGAUGUACCUGGCCGACCUCCUCCCCACCUCCGUCCGCCGCAUCAUCUACUUCGACUCCGACCUCAUCGUCGUCGACGACGUGGCCAAGCUCUGGUCCAUCGACCUCCGCGACCGCGUCCUCGGGGCCCCCGAGUACUGCCACGCCAACUUCACCGCCUACUUCACCCCGCGGUUCUGGUCCAGCCCCGCCCACGCGGCGGCGCUCCGGGGGCGGAGGCCCUGCUACUUCAACACGGGCGUGAUGGUGAUCGACCUGUGGAGAUGGCGAGAGGGCAGGUACACGGAGCGGUUGGAGGGGUGGAUGAGGAUACAGAAGAGGGAGAGGAUCUACGAGCUGGGGUCCCUGCCGCCGUUCCUGCUGGUGUUCGCCGGCGAGGUGGAGGGGGUGGAUCACCGCUGGAACCAGCACGGGCUGGGAGGGGACAAUGUGAGGGGGCAGUGCCGGAACCUGCACCCGGGCCCGGUGAGCCUCCUCCACUGGAGCGGCAAGGGAAAGCCGUGGCUGCGGCUCGACUCGCAGCGGCCGUGCCCGCUGGACUCGCUGUGGCAGCCGUACGACCUGCUGCGCCACCCGUCGCUGUUCUCCGACAGCUGAGCACGGGGGGGAGGAAAGGGAGGGGAGCAGGCAGGGGGUGGCUACGGCGGAGCGACGGCGGGGGAGCGACGGCGUAAUUAAGGGGAGCGAGUGGGAGUGAGAAUGGAGAGCGAAAAAGGGACAAGACGACAGCGUCACCGUCAGGCGUAAAAGCUGCGAGAAUUACGGUCGUUGAAACUUGAAAGGUUGAUUUUCAGGCAGACCGCCUGUGAUUGUCAAGUAUGCGACUGACCAACGACGUCGUAUCCUCCAAUCUAAUUUCAGAGAAAAUAAAAAAAAAUAAAAAAAAAUACGAAUAAAGCCGCCGACAGAGAGAGAGAGAGAGAGAGAGACGGGACGGGGUAAUUUUAUUUCGGGGCUGGACCUGGACUCGGAGGAUACGACGUCGCUUUCUGCGCUGCUGAAAUCAUCAUCAUCACCGUCACGUAAUUGCGGGGAAGGUACAGUCGCCUGUGUUUUUUGUUUUUCUACCCCAUUUUUGUUGGGGUUUGAUUCGUUUUUCUUUUCAGAUUUUAACAAUAUUGUAUAUAAGUGCUGGGCAUCAUGGGUAUUGCUGUUUGUAGAACCUGUUCUCGGACCAUGGUGGAAUUGUGAUUAUUUGUGAUGGUGGUUGAGUGCAAAUUUUUUUUGUUCCU